AUGGCCGGACCAGUUGGAGGAGGUUCGGGUGCAGUACGAGCCAUGGAGGGAGGAGCACUGGAAGCAGACCGAGCCAUAGAUGGAAGUCCGGGAGGAGCUGCUCCAGAAGGAGGUCUGGGAAGAGGGGAACUGGGAGGUCCGGAACGGUUGGUGACGAGGGAGGGGUGGGGGGUGGAUGAUGUUGUAGCAACGGUGAAGGCAGCUGCGGGCAUGCUGAGAAGAGCCAAGGUGAGUGUGAUGCACAGAUGUGAGUGCGAGAACAUGAGUGGGGGGAGGGCAGUGGUGAUGGGAGAGGGUUGGGGGACGGAUGAUGUUGCAGCAACAGUGGAAGCAGCUGCUGGCGUGCUGAGAAGAGCCAAGAGGGGUGGGGGUGGACGACGGGGUAGCAAUGGUGGAGGCACCUUCUGGCAUGCUAAGGAGGGCCAAGACUGUGCAGGGCUUUCGACAGCUGUACCAGGAGGGGGAGGGAAUGUGCGUGCUUCCCAUGUCUCCUUGCUUAAUUUCUCCCCGCUCCCUCCUCCUUGCUGCCUCCCAGUCUGUGCAGGGCUUUCGGCAGCUGUACCAGGAGGGGGAGGGAAUGCGCGUGCUGUGAGGGAUGAGGGCCGCAUGGGAGAUGCAGGAAAAGAAGGCCGGGGCGGGGGUAGAGGAGGGUGGAAAGGAGGGUGA